AUGGAUCCCGAAAACAAGAAAAAGUGUGUCGACAUCUUAGAGCAUUUUUUUAAGCUUGAUAGCUGCGAGCCUUUCCGUGAACGUGUUAACUGGGAAGAAUGGGGUCUGUACGACUAUCUGCAGGUGGUCAAGGAACCCAUGGACCUGGGCACCAUUCGGAGCAAACUGAGCAAGAAUGAGUACAAGAAACCGGCAGAGCUUGCACGUGACAUGCGUCUGGUUUGGAGCAACUGCAAACUUUACAAUCAGGACGGCUCCGACCUGUAUCUAUUGGCUGAUGAACUCGCCAAGAAGUUUGAGGAUCGUGUUAAGACAAUGAAGUUGGAUGUAGGUCCAGUGCCUAAAGCUGACAAGAGCAUUCCAGCUCCAAGUCUAGAAGAGAAGAUUUACUUUAGCCAGAACAUAUACAAGGUCGCACCUGAAGACAUGGGCGCUAUUGUGCAGCUACUGGAGGGACAGUGUCCGAAGGCAUUAGACAAGAGCUCGCCGGAUGAGCUGGAUAUAGUCAUUGACCACAUCGAUAACAAGACGUUUCGUGACUUGGAGAAGUUCGUGCUGGAGAAGGUGCCUGAAGGAAGUCGCGAGCCGAUUGCUACGCCCAAGUCCUCAAAGAAAAACCGACGACCACCUAGCAAGAAGACUAGAAUCGAGGCAUGA